CUAAAAUCACUGUAUUUUUUUCUUUUCUUGAUUUUUGCACUAUGAAAAUUCACUUUUGUUACAUCAGAUUAUAUUAAUAUAACUAGAUGAUUUUAUACUAUUGGAACUUUAUGCAGUUGCAGAAUAGUACAUGAUUGUCUGUAUUUCUUUGUGAUAGAAUGAUAUGAAAUAUGAUCCCUGCAUGAUAAUGCAUGUGCUCUCAUCUUUUAGCUUUUGGGCUGCAUAUACAAAUCGAGUUUUGUUUGCUGAAAUUCUCUGUCUUUGUCCCAAUAUCACUUCUGUGAAUGAUGACUUUUCAGGUCACCUAUAAAUAGAGAGGUUUGAUUGACAGAUAGAAACUGUUUUGGUGCCUUGGGCUACAAAAGUACUGUUACUGCAAGCCAAGAGGAUACGUGAUUUUCCAUCUUAAAGUUUUUAUUAUUUUUAUUCUGGAAUCCCCUUUACAGACCUGGGACAACGUGUUAGCAUUGCAGGCUCCUUCUAAUGAACCAGAACAACAGAAGCAUUGUGUAGCACAUGGCAUUUGAAUGGCUGGUGUCUGGAAGGGUGGAUCUUGUGGCUCAUUCAAUAGGGAUGCAGGAACACUGAAAUGAUUGUUUUAAAAACAAAUAAAAAGUGUGAAUCUUGGUGUGUUCUCUCCCUGCCGUCUCCCCUGGUAAAUCUUGUUUUGGAGACCUUUGCCUUGCUAGAUAAAUGAGUAAAGCACUACCCGUAGUUGGGAGACAGACGUUCUACGGCUCACUGUUCUGACGAUUGUGUUGCUUUUAGAUUGGUCUGAAGUUCCAUUUCACAGAGUACAGUGUUGGUUCUGGUUAGCAGGGAGGUCAGCAGGAGGAGGUUUUUCAUAGUUAGAAAUAAGAAGAUUAGAAAUAAACUGUAAUUUAUUUGCUGCUUUCUUUAUUUUGCCAGUAUCUUUAUGUGAUGGCUUUGACAGCAGGUAUCCUUAAGUGUGUGAGCAUGCUAUUUCUUGAACAUAACUAAUUCCCAGAGUUCCUUUAACACAUGUACACACACUGUUCCUGAUGCUCUUGGUCCUCCCCAGGCAAUGACAGCAGAUUGUUGCUCGCUCUUCAGCAACAGCAGGAGCUGUUCAGGCUACAAUUACAGGGCAAAGGGAUGGAGAAAGCGGCACAGCCAGUGGUCUCAUUUAAACUGACAAACCAGAAAUAACUUCAAAAAUACUGGCAAGCACAGUCAGGGAGAAGUGUCUCACUGCUUUAAGCUGUGUUUCAGUCCAGGCUUGAAUGAUACUGAUUACCAGUAAAAAUAUUAAUGGCCUUAUUCAACCUUCCUGUAGGAACUGUAAUUUGAUGAGCAUUUAAAAACAUAAAAGCAUAAUCAUUUUAAUUUUUUUAGAAAAUUAAACUUUUCUAAAACUUAGAGAAACUAAAUUAGUUCAGUAGAUUGAACUGGAAUUUUAUAAUUAUUUAGUUUAUAACUGUAAUUUGGAAAGAGUUUCUUUGGUUGUAGUUUAAAAUAUAAUGGAGGAAAAAAAUGGGUCGUACACUACUAGGGGUGGUGGUGUUAUCAGUUUUUAAAGUUUUUCACCUACAGGUAUCGUCAGUAUAGGCUUGUUUAGCUUUCUGACUGCUUUUUCCUUCCUGCUGGUAUUCCAGAUAACUGAUUCUAAAAAGAAGCUGGUGGCCCACUCUUAAGGAAAGGCUUUUUUACAGUUCUGUUUCUUCACUGUGCAAGCUGUUUCUUUCCCCCUGCUGUAGUUGACCAAUUUCACUUUAACAGCUGUAAAAAUGCUUACACUGGUGGAAGGAAAAUGUUUUUUAUUCUUACGUAGUUUAGUGACUGAAAACAAAAUACUGAUGUUAGUAAAUGGGACUAAUAAGUGAUCUAUAUCUGUAGAACUCACUUGUCUUGACCUGCUAAAUUCAUACACAAAAAACUUGUAAGUGCUUUUAUCUUGGCUGAAGCGAAAUAAUCCAAAAUUCGCUUGUGUGCUUUCUUUGUGUAUGUGCGUGUUUUGUUUUGUUUCUAAGUUUGCCACCAAACUUAACUUAACCAAACAGUGUUCCAGCAGAGGUGUAAGUUAGUUGUUUGGAGCAGUCAAUAUGGUAUGCUUGUGCAUUAUGUUUAGAAACAGAGAAUUAGGGCAGGAGACAGGAAUAGCAUGUGAUCUUUAUUAUAGGAUGCUGUGGCAGUGGUGAUUUCAUGCAUCUGAAUUAAAGAAAGAGAAUAGGGGGUUUUAUUUUCUGUCUAGGUAUCAAAAUGUUUCUUGGCAGAUUUCAUGGCAGUCCCAUUCCCUCCUCAAUAGCAAAAAAUCCUCUAGUGGGAAUUGAAUGUAAUAAAACUAAAUUGUGUUUAGAGAUUGUAGUAGUUGAUGAGUCUUCUUGCCUUCUGUUGCCUUAUUUCUUAAGUUUUUUGUUCUGUAUCAUAAAAUGAGAAUAGCGGAAGGGAGGAAGACUCCAAAAUGGGAGAAAAAAACAGGGAGGCCAGGGUGGAGGCAGAUGCUUAGGGUUUAUAUUCUUAUAAAGAUUCAACAGAUAAUGUGAAGAAAGUCAGAGAAGGACAAGGCGGGGAAAAAGUAAAAAGUAAAAGGAGCCAGGCCAGAUGCGCAGCUUGGAGAGAGAGAUAAGGCUGAGGUAGUUUUACAAAUGAGAAAUUAUUCAGAAGAUGCCAACCUUUCAGAGAACAGGUCCAGGCAGCUAUAAACAUAAUAACAAAAUGCAGCCCUGUGCGAGUAUUUCCACAGUAAUAUCUGGAAGAACAUUAUCCUGUUUAGCAGGAACAGAAUUUCAUUAGAAGCACACAGAUGAAUGAGCCUUGUUCUCUUCCGGCUCAGCAGAGUCAAUGUACCUUUUGUUUAGCCAUUGGGUGUUGAAUAAAUAAGUAAUUCAAUUCAGCCCUGGGAACAGAGACAGUAAUUUCAUAUACUCCUUGUAACUAUUUAAUGACUUCCUAAAACAUUGAUAGCCUAGCCCUGGCUAGUCUGCUGAUGUGCUGUUUAACCAUUAGUACUGUCAGUAAAAGAGCCUAUGAGAACAUUCCUGAGAGGGCGGGGGUGACUGUGGAGAACACCUGUGCAAAUAUCUUUUUUUUUUUUUUUAAUGUCAACUUUCUUAACAGUCCUUUAAGUAAUAAAGGGGAAAAAGAACCCACAAAUCCAAAACAAAACUCUGAGUCCAGUUGUGGUAUUUGGUGGAUAAGCCUAGCAAACUUUUAAAAUAACAGGAUGAUUUCAUAGCUCUUGUAUAAUGCAAAUAAAAUAUUAAUGUUGGGUGCAGGCAGCUGUGGAAAUAAAUAUUUCAUUUUCUCUGUUCUGUUCUUUUUUAUAUAGCUUGCUUAGACUUUGGAAUUGUAGAAGGUCAUUAAGGAUGGAUCCAAGUGGAAUUAUAGCUUUAAUUUGCUAUACAGAUUCUAGUAGCCUGUUAACAACAUUUCUAAAGACGCACUCAAGAGUGGUGUUAAAUUUUGGGUUCUUUUUUACUCAAUUACUAACUCUCAUUCUCAUUUACUUCCUUUAAUACUGGUUGAUUUGAAACACUGUAAUAACAGCUGAUUUUCAUCACCCCGGGUAAAAGCUUCAUAGUUUGUAUGUUUUAUGUUCUGUAUGAAAAAGCCCCAAAUGUUCCAUUUUUAUAAGUUACACGAAGUCUGGAGUUGCAGAGUUGUGUUUCAGGUUUCUUGAUGAAGUGGUAAUGCUGCUUUGGCAUUUGGCAGUCUUUGGCAUAGUGGGAAAUUAAUUGAAUGCAGUGUAUGUGGAAAAUUGCCUGUCCGUAGCAUUCUCAGGUCUUUUCUUUGUACCUUUUUAAACUGCCUUUUCUUCAUUGAUCAGGUGGCUGAUGCAUCACAGUUGCAAAUCAAAACGUGUUUUUUUAAAAUGGGAUUGAUUCACCCACAGAACUGAAGUCCACUAUAGCAUUUUGGCCAUUGUGUCGCAUACAGUGUUUUGCUGAAAGCUCUACCCUUUUUGGCCAUUCAAGCUAAAAAUCUUAAGAAAGGCGUGUGAUUGUGUAAUGGUCUAAAUCUUUGCACUAAGGAGCACCAUACUUUCUAGCCAUCACCUUAAUUGGACCUGUCAGUUAACAUGAGGUGCCCAGAGAGAACCUCUCUGGAUAGGAUUAAGAUUACCCAAUGAAGUGUUUUAAGUCUUAAACCUCCAGUUGCUGAUGGUAUAAUCAUUUCUGCCUUGUACUUAACCAUACUUAAUCAUUUCUGCCUUUUUCAACCUAUACACAAUGUAACAAAAAACAGGUUGUGUGUUCUAGCAAAUAGGAAUACUUUAACUUAUCUGAGAAGAGUUUCCAAACCUAAAAAUACUGCAUAUGUUAUGGAUAUCCAACCUGAGAAGUUGGACAAGGGAAGACCUUCGUGCCAGAGUUGUCAUUUGCUGCCUGCAUCUUUACCAACCACCAAGCAUACAGUACUUUUAACUGCAAAAGUUAAGCAUGUCUGUCAUCUCCUUGUGCUUGAGUUGUGGAAUGUCGAAGAGCAGCAGGAUGGAGGCUUCCUGCCUAGAGCUGGCUUUGGAAGGGGAGCGCCUGUGUAAGGCAGGAGACUGCCGAGCUGGUGUAUCUUUCUUUGAAGCAGCUGUGCAGGUUGGAACCGAAGAUUUAAAGACGCUCAGUGCUAUUUACAGCCAGUUAGGCAAUGCCUAUUUCUACUUGCACGAAUAUGCAAAGGCCUUGGAAUACCAUCACCAUGAUUUAACUCUUGCAAGGACGAUUGGAGAUCUACUGGGAGAAGCCAAAGCUAGUGGGAAUCUGGGUAACACCUUAAAGGUACUUGGGAAUUUUGAAGAAGCUAUUGUUUGUUGUCAGAGACAUCUGGAUAUUUCCAGAGAGCUUAAUGAUAAGGUGGGAGAAGCAAGAGCACUGUAUAAUCUGGGAAAUGUAUAUCAUUCUAAAGGGAAAAAUGUAGCUAGUGCUGGGACUCACGAUCCAGGGGAACUUCCAGAUGAUGUGAAAAAUGCUUUACAAAAAGCUGCAGAUUAUUAUGAGGAAAACCUGACAAUAGUAACAGAGCUGGGUGAUAGAGCGGCACAAGGCCGUGCCUUUGGAAAUCUGGGAAACACACACUACCUUCUGGGCAACUUCAGGAGUGCGGUUUUAGCCCAUGAACAGCGUCUCCUAAUUGCAAAAGAAUUUGGUGAUAGAUCAGCGGAAAGAAGAGCAUACAGCAAUCUUGGAAAUGCAUACAUAUUCCUGGGUGAAUUUGAAACUGCUUCCGAAUACUACAAGAGGACGUUACAGCUAGCUCGACAGCUUAAAGACAGAGCUGUGGAAGCACAGGCCUGCUACAGUCUUGGGAACACGUACACUUUGCUUCAGGACUAUGAAAAAGCUAUUGAUUAUCAUUUGAAACACCUUGUGAUUGCUCAGGAAUUAAAUGAUAAGAUUGGUGAAGGAAGAGCGUGCUGGAGUUUAGGGAAUGCCUAUACUGCUUUGGGAAAUCAUGACCAAGCUAUGCAUUUUGCAGAAAAGCACUUGGAGAUUUCAAGAGAGGUAGGAGACAGAAGUGGAGAACUCACUGCUAGACUUAAUCUCUCAGAUCUUCAAAUGGUUCUUGGAUUAAGCUACAGCACAAACACCUCCAUGAUGUCAGAAAGCCAUGUGGUGGAGAACAGUUUGAAUGGUACCAGACCGAGAGGACGCCGCCACAGUAUGGAGAAUAUGGAACUUAUGAAAUUAACACCAGAAAAGGUUCAGAACUGGAACAGUGAAAUUCUUGCUAAACAGAAACCACUGGUUGCCAAACCUUCAGCAAAACUGCAUUUUGUAAAUCGACUAAAAGGCAAAAAGUACAAAAACGGCACCACUUCCAAAGUUUUGCAGGAUGCCAGUAAUUCUAUUGAUCAUCGACUUCCAAACUCUCAGAGGAAAAGCAGUCGAGAGACAAUGGCAGAUGAAGGGUUCUUUGAUCUGCUGAGUCGAUUCCAGAGUAACAGGAUGGAUGACCAGAGAUGCUACUUCCAGGAGAAGAACAGAUUCCCAGCUGCUUCAGUGGCAACAUCCUCUACUCCACCUAGAACAAUGAGAAAAUCCUUUUCUACUUCCGUAGUCUCACCCCACACAGAUGAAUUUCUAGACCUCCUUGCUAGCUCGCAGAGCCGCCGACUCGAUGACCAGCGUGCUAGCUUUAGUAAUCUACCUGGGCUUCGCCUCAAUCAACACAACAGCCAGUCUGUCCUGGGUCACCUCAUGGCAAGUAACAACAGGGAACUUGAUGACGACUUCUUCGAUAUAUUGAUAAAAUGCCAGGGUUCCAGGCUGGAUGAUCAAAGAUGUGCUCCUCCAUCAUCUGCAAAAGGACCAACUGUACCAGAUGAGGAUUUUUUCAGCUUGAUUUUACGAUCACAAGCUAAAAGAAUGGAUGAACAAAGAGUCCAUUUACCCUCAGCUAUAAAGGGACCCUCUACCUGAAGAAACAGACAUGUAUGGUACAGUAGUAUCCUAGGUAUCUUUUUUUUUUUUUGCUGGAAAAACAGACCUGCCUUUUUGCAGAAGAUGGCGGUGCAUAGUUUUGUCCCCUUUCUAAUCAUUUUUUUUAUAAAUAGCAGCAGCAGCUUCACACUUGUGAGCAGUAGUUAAAAGAGUUGCUGCUGCUCUUUGCCACUGGCAGCUGCUUCUGGCAGUGCCUGAGACGCCAGUUACCAGUCUCCCUCCCAACUGCUUCCAGUCUAUGAACACUCAUGAUUUUUUUGUCUGUCAGGGUACUCUCACUGCUGUCUCAAUCUGUGUCAGUCUAGUGUAAGACCUAAAUUUGUAUGUUCUUUUUAAAGAAAACUUGAUGUUCCACCCCCCAAUUUGUAUCUCCCUAAAAAAAGUCCUUUUUUUCUUUUAUAUGUUUUUUAAAAAUUAAAAAAAGAAUAAUUGAAUAAUUGCUUCAGUGCUGAGUCCGUCUGUGCAGAAACACAGCUUGGGAGAAGAUAAUUUUUAUUAGAACAAACAAGCAAACAACAAACAAGCCCUAGUUUUAAUUCUGUUUAAUACAAAAAUUAAACUUUUCGAAAUACGCUAGGGUUUCUUGGUUAAUAUUUAGAUAAGCAUUGCCUGUAUCACUGAGCACAAUUUUACGAAGAUAGACUUAAGUAGCAGCUGCCCGUGCUGUUCUGCAGUUUGUGUGGGACAUGUCCACCCCCAACAGCAGUCCAAGCACUGGGGAAUCGCAGGGGGCGUAGGUACUUGGCAUGAACUGCCACAGAUGUCAGGCAAUUCCUGCCUGAAGUGAAUUUAAGAAGGUUAAAACAAAAUGUACAAAGGUACGUUUUGUAAGUGAAUUUGAGAAGGUACAAAAUGGAUGUAUGCUGCUGAUUACAUGGCCUCAAUUCUACCUCCUUCUUUCAGUAAGGAGGUGUUCAGGUAGUUCCUGUGAACAAUAGUUCUAUCUUGGUCUUCCCUUAAGCAGAAAAGACCUGUCCUGACAUUGUUCUUAGGAACCCUGAGGGCUAUAUUUUGUUUUAAAUGUACAUAUCUUUAGUUAGAAUCAUAGAAUCACUAGGUUGGAAGUGACCCACUGGGUCAUUGAGUCCAACCAUCCCUAACAGUCCCUAAAUCAUGCCCCUCAGCACCUCAUCCAUCCAUCUCUUAAACAUCUCCAGGGAAGGUGACUCCAUCCCCUCCCUGGGCAGCCUCUGCCAGUGCCCAAUGAUACUUUCCGUGAAAAAUUUUUUCCUGAUGUCCAGCCUGAACCUCCCCUGGUGGAGCUUGAGGCCAUUCCCUCUUGUCCUGUCUCCUAUCACUUGGGAGCAGAGCCCAGCUCCUUCUUCUCCACAACCUCCUUUCAGGUAAUUGUAGAGAGCAAUAAGGUCUCCCCUCAGCCUCCUCUUCUCCAGACUAAUCAACCACAGCUCUCUCAGACACUCCUCAUAAGACCUGUUCUCCAGCCCCCUCACCAGCUUCAAUGCUCUUCUCUGGACAUGCUCCAGAGCCUCAACAUCCUUCUUGUGCUGAGGGGCCCAGAACUGAACACAGUACUCAAGGUGUGGUCUCACCAGUGCUGAGUACAGGGGGAGAAUCACCUCUCUGGACCUGCUGGUCAUGCCAUUUCUGAUGCCAUUGGCCUUCUUGGCCACCUGGGCACACUGCUGGCUCAUGUUCAGUAGGGCAUCAACCAAGACCCCCAGGUCCUUCUCCUCCAGGCAGCUUUCUAGCCAGACUUCUGUAGCACUGCAUAGGGUUGUUGUGCCCCAAGUGCAGGACCCGGCAUUUGGCCUUGUUAAACCUCAUGCCAUUGGCCUUGGCCCAGCGGUCCAGCCUGUUCAGAUCCCUUUGCAGAGCCUCCCUACCCUCCAGCAGAUCUACACUUCCACCCAGCUUAGUGUCAUCUGCAAACUUGCUGAGGGUGCACUCAAUGCCUUCAUCCAGGUCAUUGAUAAAGACAUUGAACAGGGCUGGACCCAGUACCGAGCCCUGGGGAACCCCACUUGUAACUGGCCUCAUUAGAAGCCACGGAUUUUUAACACCAGGGUGGCAAACUGUUCCCUUCAGCUAUUUAUAAAUGAUGUCUUUUUAAUUGAAGUAUUAUAUCCAUAGAGAAGAAUCUACAGUUAGUUUUAUCUUCAGAGUAAGCUUCAGCAUUGUAAGAAUAGUUGAACAGGCACAGCCUCUACAUAAUUCAAGCUAUUUUAUGAUUACUGAAAGUUUUACAAGCAUUUUCCUGCAGCUUUUUUAGCACUGAAAUUGAAUCCUCGUGAAAUUAAAACUGUCCUUCUUCUGCUUCUAAGUCAAAAUGCCAGAAUAUUUUUCAAAAAAACACGUUACCAUCAGUUUCUGGUGCUGAUCUUUGGUACUCUGACUUAAGUGUUUCCUGUUCCCUGUUUAACUUUGAACUGCUCUAAAAAAGUCUGAUACAACAUCAGCUUCUCUCUUUCCUCUGCAAAUUAUUAUCAUCAAGCUGUCCCGCAGCAAACUGAUUUUAAAGACCAUGAAACUAAAGAUAGUCCUGAGACAUCGAACAGAGCUGCGAUCAGUCUUAUGUGAAUUACAUGAAUAUCAGCGACUUUCUUUGGGCUGUUUGUUUGGCAGUUACCCGAUCGCGUGUGUGUUUGCUAGAUCACAGAGUAUCGGUGCUCUCCCACCACCAAGUAUCUAGUUUUACUUAAAACUUACUACACAAACUUAUUUCAAAUACCCCACAAGCCUGUUUCCUUGGCCACUUAAAAUGUCAAAUUCUAGAAGUAGUACGGUGUCUCAGUUCUUAAAACUCUACCUACCUUACAGCUGUGGUUACUGAAGCUCUGACUGAAGAUGAGUUCCCAUCACCUUACUGAUGCUGUUUUCUACUUUUGAGAACUAGAGCAGAAGUAGCAAGUAUGUGACAACU